UUCUUCUAUUGAUUUGCUGCCAUGGGUUCUGAAGCUGACGAUUUUUUGGAUCUGUUGUAUGGAGAAGUUGUUCGUUUGAAAUCGUUCCCUAUCCCUCCACCUCCAGAUUUGGAAUUAAGCACACUCGGGCUAGAAGUUGAAGACACUGGGAAAAGACCGAUUACGGCUUCUCAUCCACAUAUUACAAAAGAUUUCCUACAACAAUUCAAGGGACAAAUCUUCUGUAAGGAACAAUUGCUGUUUUUCGAGCACAGAGGCGCAAGGGUACAUAUGAGAGUGUCAUUUGCCACUCAAAAAGCUGGGAAUGCUUGUAGAGGAAAACUUGUGAAGCAAACAGAGAUACACUUCUUCGAGUCCGAUUUAUUUAAGGUUAGUGAUCAAAAAGAAGUCAAAAUGAUUUUAAGAAGAGACUUGAACAUUCAUGAUCUUGCGGCUGAAAUGAAAUCCUUGGGAGUUGGGGGAUUCGGGAAUGAACUCAAAGAUGUCUUCUCUAUGCUGGUUGUCCCUCGCUUUAUACCACAGGAAUAUGCCAGAGAGGUUCGCUGCAAAUAUAAACAAGGGAUAAUAUUUCAUGGGCCGCCUGGAACUGGAAAAACGCUUAUAGCACGAGCCAUAUCAAAAAUUGUCAAUGGAAAAUUACAGAUUGUAAGAGGGCCAGAAAUAUUCAGUAAUUUUAUGGGAUCAAGCGAAGCCAAGAUAAGAGCUGUUUUUAAUUCAGCCAUUAAUGAUCUUAUUGAAAAAGGUGACAAGAGCCCUCUUCAUGUGAUAGUAUUUGAUGAGUUAGAUUCCAUUGCAAGGGAAAAAGGAAUAAAUCCGUCUGACACAACAGCUGAUAGGGUCGUCAACCAACUCUUAACGAUGAUUGAUGGCUAUAGCGAGCUAAGCAACGUUUUGCUUGUUGGGACAACAAACCAGCUAGAGUUGAUUGAUAAAGCAUUGAUGAGGCCAGGAAGAUUUGAAUUGCAUAUGGAAAUAGGUCUUCCAAAUGAAGCUGGACGAAAGGAGAUUCUCAGGAUUAAUGUCAAAAGAUUACAGUGGAAAGGUGCAUUAAGUUCAAGUGUGAACCUUGAUGAAUUAGCUAAAGAGACAAAAGGAUUUAGUGGAGCUGCUCUUGCGGCGUUGAUACAAACAGCUUUUUUCCUCGCUGUGACUCGAGCUGUGCCAGAAAAUAUAGCUGACACCGUUUGGGCAGAUGCUAAAGUUGAACAGGAGGAUAUUGACAGGGCAUUUGGCAAACUUAAACUUACAGGGAGGACGGAUUGAGCGACUGCAGGCUUGAAUACAUCAAUAUCCUAACAUUCAGGUUGAAAUGGUUGUAGAUCCCUUUGCUCAUGUAAGACUUACAACAUUGUUAUUACGUUAGUUUUUGCGACUUUUAUUGCUCCAACAUCUUGCACCACAUGUAUUAUUGUUGUCAGCUGUGAUGACUGACUGAAGCAUUGGUGUAUCAUUUGAAAUACUUUAACUGCAAGGCUGAAAUGCCAUGGAUAUGUGGUUUGCUUAAUUAGUAUCUCUCUUUCGGAAAGUAAAUGAAGCCUCUUAGUGGUUAGUUGUAUAAUCAUCUUCA